AAUGUUUCCGGAUGCAUAAACCCCACUAAAUUUCCAGUAUAGAACAAAUAUUUUGAACAUAUUGAUGGCCGGAGGAGUGCCGGUCGAACCACAAAACUCAUUCCAAAUUCCCCCCAAAUUUUGUGAUUAGGGUUUAAAUUAAUUUGGGUUCUUGGGCGCCGGUGGCAACUGACAUAUUGCAAUGGAUAACGCAAACGGAUUGGAGCAGACGUUUCAGGACGGCAAAAUUUACCGCCAUGUCAAUGCUCUCAUUGUUGCCCAUCUCCGCGACAGCAAUUUCAAUCAGGCAGCAAGUGCGGUUGCAUCAGCCACAAUGACACCUCUAAGUGUCGAAUUUCCUCCUAACAAGCUCCUUGAGUUGGUGGCCAAGGGUCUUGCAGUGGAAAAAGAUGAGAUGUUGAGAGGGAUAUCUUCAACUACACUAUUUGAUUCAAGCAUACCUUCAACAUAUGGCUCAGUGCCUGCUCCACGAGUUGUUUCUAUGGAUUUCAGUGCCGUGCAUGAUGUCAAAGGAGCAUCAAAGAGUUUUCCAAAGCAUGAAACACGGCAUAUUUCAGAGCACAAGAAUGUAGGUAGAUGUGCAAGAUUUAGUCCUGAUGGAAGAUUUCUUGCGACUGGAAGUGCUGACACAUCAGUAAAGCUAUUUGAGGUCUCAAAAGUCAAACAGAUGAUGCUUCCAGAUCAAAGAGAUGGUGGCCCUGUGCGGCCUGUUGUACGGACAUUUUACGACCAUCUACAACCAAUCAAUGACUUGGAUUUCCAUCCUCACAACACAAUUCUGAUUUCUGGGGCCAAAGAUCGCACAAUAAAGUUCUUUGAUUUUUCAAAAACAGUAGCAAGGAAAGCCUUUAAAAUUAUUCAGGAUACCCACAACGUGAGGUCUGUAUCAUUCCAUCCCUCCGGAGAAUUUCUUUUGGCAGGAACUGACCAUCCCAUCGCACACUUGUAUGAUGUUAAUACUUUCCAGUGCUAUCUAUCCGCAAAUGUUCAAGAGACUAGCAAUGGAGCUAUAAACCAGGUCAGAUAUUCGUCAACUGGUGGCAUCUAUGUAACAGCUUCAAAAGAUGGAGCUGUUCGGUUGUGGGAUGGGGUGACGUCCCAGUGUGUCCGUUCAAUUCUUAGUGCUCAUGGAACAGCGGAAGCUACUAGUGCAAUUUUCACCAAGGAUCAACGGUAUGUUCUUUCUUCUGGAAAAGAUUCCAUCGUGAAUCUUUGGGAGGUUGGGACAGGUAGGUUAGUCAAGCAAUAUCUUGGGGCGACACAUACACAAUUGCGGUGCCAGGCUGUUUUCAAUGAAACAGAGGAAUUCGUACUCUCCAUUGAUGAAUCAAGCAAUGAGAUUGUUAUCUGGGAUGCUCUUACAGCAGAGAAAGUUGCUAGAUGGCCUUCGAACCAUAUGGGAAGUCCCCGUUGGCUCGAGCAUUCGCCAGUCGAGGCAGCAUUCGUCACUUCUGGAACAGACAGGUCAAUUAGGUUCUGGAAAGAGACAUGAUGAUGCUACUAUCCGAGGCAUUGAUGCUUGCUGGGUUUUUUCCUUGUCAGGGAUCAUUUCAUUGAUAUGUAAUGAACUUUAAUUUUGACUUCAAUUAAUUUUGGAGGUAGUGGAAUAGUUGUGAUUUUUGCGCCCCAACUUUGGUUGUCUUGUCUUAUUUGAUUGCAGAGUUAUCAAGAUAGCCAAUUUUGGUUUCUCAUCA